UAAUUAUCCUUUGCCGUGUUUGACCUCAAAAGCGUCCUCCGCUCAAUUUUAAUUUUAUUUUAGUUUUAGUUUUAAUUUUAAUUUUUUUCCUCCGAAUUAAUUAUGGAUGCGUAUAUGUUUAGAUUUAUGUGCAGACAGUGAAACAGAGAGAGAUGGAGAGUAAGAGAUUUCAGAGAUUUUGAAUUUGUUUUUUGUUUCAUUUCGUUGUUUUUAGUUUUGGCUUCCUCUCUAAGUAACAGAACAAUCGUUGGUUUCUCUGAUUUUCUCUCCAAUUCAAUUUUCUCGAGAAAAUUCUAACUUUUUUUCCCGAGAAAUAGAAGGUGUUUAUUUGUUAAGAGAGAGAGAGGAGUUGGUGGAGAUGAGAGGUGUGACUGGAGACUCGAGAGCUGUGGACAACACUUUUGAGACUAUAAACGCGGCUGCGUCUGCGAUCGCAUCAGCUGAGAAUCGUGUUCCUCAAGCUACGGUUCAGAAGAGAAGAUGGGGGAGCUGCUGGAGCAUAUACUGGUGUUUUGGGUUUCAUAAGCACAGACAGCGAAUUGGGCAUGCUGUCCUUGUGCCUGAAAGUACAGCUCCAAGAAACGAUGCUCCUCCAUCUGAAAAUCCAACCCAAACAACUGUUGUCAUACUUCCCUUUGUUGCACCUCCAUCCUCUCCUGCAUCCUUCCUGCAAUCGGAACCUCCUUCUGCAACUCAAUCUCCUGCUGGCAUGGUAUCCUUUAAUUCUAUUUCUGCCAAUAUGUACUCUCCUGGUGGACCAUCUUCCAUUUUUGCAAUUGGGCCUUACGCACAUGAAACCCAGUUAGUAUCCCCGCCAGUCUUCUCAACAUUCACCACUGAACCAUCAACUGCUCCUUUCACUCCUCCUCCCGAAUCUGUUCACUUGACUACUCCAUCCUCGCCCGAGGUGCCAUUUGCACAGCUUCUUGACCCUAGUCUCCGGAAUCUUGAGGCUUGGCAGAGAUUUCCAUUCUCCCAGUAUGAAUUUCAGUCAUAUCACCUUUACCCUGGAAGCCCCAUUGGUCAACUUAUCUCACCUAGCUCAGGCAUUUCUUCUGGCACCUCGUCUCCUUUCCCUGAUGGUGAAUUUGCUUCUGGUGGUCUUCAAUUUCUUGAGUUCAAGAGAGGUGACCCUCCCAAGCUGUUGAAUCUUGAUAAACCGUCCGCCCGUGAUUGGAGAUCAUAUCGAGGUUCUGGUGGCAUGACCCCUGAUGCUGUAAGACCUGUAUCUCGCCAUGGCUUUCUUCUUGAUCGUCAGCUUUCUGAUCUCGCAUUGCACCUGCAUUCAGACAAUGGAUCCCGCAGUGUUCACACUGUUGCUGGUCAUAGAGUCUCAUUUGAGUUAACUGCUGAAAAUGUUGUAAAAUGUGUAGAAAUGAGGCCAGCGAUGUUUGUUAAAGCUCUGUCAGAAGCACCAGGGAAUCAAAACCCUCUCCUAGAUGAAGAAAAUUCUGGUCAGCUGGUGAAUAGUUAUGAAUUUCGUGUAGGAGAAACAUCCAACGAGACGCCUGAGAAAGCUCCUGAGGAUGGGUUAAAGGCACAACAUCAGAAGCAUCGAUCUAUUACCCUUGGCUCUGUCAAAGAAUUCAACUUUGACAAUACAGAUGGAGGAGAUUUUCCUAAGACUAGUAUUGGUUCUGACUGGUGGGCGAAUGAGAAGGUUGUUGGAAAGGAGGAUGGUACUAAGGAUUGGUCUUUCUUCCCGACGAUACAACCAGGUGUUAGCUAACUAUAAUGUUUUACUGCUGCCCUGCCAUCCUGCUUGUAGAGUUCGUGGCAGGGUCUUGGUCCGUAGGGUGUCCAAAGCAAUUGCUAAGACUCUAGCAGCAGACUUGAUUAGUGAAAUAAUGAGCCGAUCUAAGGGAAGCACUGAUUUAGGCCGACUGGUAUACAAAGGUUUUUCUUCUUUACAAUAACUUUGUGACCUCAUCAGAAGGGAUAAAAUAGGAAAGAAUGUUCAGACUAGAUGGGUAGUGUAUUAUUUUGAUUCAAAUACAGGUUAAUAGUACGUUUUAGUUGUCUAUAUCUUCAGAUGGUGCAAAAUCUCUUUGGCUGAUUGAUAAUAAUAAUAGUUUUCAUUAGCUAAUGAAAACUCAUUUGUCUAUA